CUCCUCCGCAGCAGCAGCUCUGCUCUCACCUGUUGACGCCGACAAGCCGCUCACCCUGACCCGAUCUGUCAUUUCUGUGUUGUCUUUCUCCUCUAUCACUGGGAGGGAUUCAAUCAAACCAGGUGGAGAUAAAACAACUUCCAGUAAAGGAGCGACAAAGCGGCUGUCAGCUGAGGUCCAAGUCGCUUUUACGCGUCAGAAAGUGAAACAAGUUCGCUCAAGUGUGGGUGCUUUUUUUUUUUUUUCCGGCUUUCUCUUCUUCAUUUGUAUCCGGCUUUUUUGGCUACACGUUAUGAAUUGGAGCAGCUACGAUUCUUGACGUUUAAAUCGGAGCUUGUUUUCCAGCCUUUAGAAAUGCCCCAACACAACAUGGAGAACUCCAGGAGCCAGUGGCAGCAGGGUCUGCGGCCGCCGUGGAUCGCCAGAGUGGCUGGAGGUCAGAGUCCCGCCUCUUCGGGGGCAGAGUCAGAUACAGAGAGCAGCAGCACCGAGAGCGAGAAGUCGUGCGUUAAAAAGCUGGACUUGGGCUCUCUGAGGGGACUGGCAUCGCCUUCAAUGCUCCAAAAGCGCAUCACAGAGAUCGACCAGCAAAAGGAGGAACUGAAGAUUGAGCUGCAGCUGGAGAUCGCCCUGCUGCAGGGAGAGCUGCAGACGGAGAAGAACCAGCUGCACAGACAUGCGCUGAAGCUGCAGGCGCUGCAGCAGGAGGCCAGACAGAAGGAGAAGCCCAAACACAACGACAGGCAAAAGGAGCGAGACGGCCUGGAGGAGGAGAGACGCAGGGUGGAGGAGCUGAGGAGGAGGUGUGAGGAGAAAGAAAGGCUGAUCCCCGGUCAGCCGGAGAGUCAGCGGGAACAGCUGACGGUACAGCUCCAGCAGGAGAAGGAAGCGAUGGAGGCGGCAGCUCGGGCUUUUGAAGACUGGGAGUUUCGCGUUCUGGAGCAAGAGAGCGGCAUCGACGACGAAGAUGACAGCCCGGCGGACAAAGGGAAGGAGGGCGAAGGAGAGACGGAGAAGGAAAUCUCGUGUCAGCAGCACGUGGUCAACACUGCACAGGAGCGGGUCCAGCAGUUGGAGAGACAGCUGAAGGAGAUGGAGAAGGAGAAGGAGAAGGAGCUGAACGCCUUGAGGAAAGAGAAGAGAGAACUCAUCCACACCACUCAGACGGUUCUCAAAGAGAAGAAGCCGCUCGCUGAUUGGUCCAACAUCACCGGCUCUGCUCCCUGCAUGAUGUCACUUUCUCCCCUGACCGUUCACAAGCCUCCUCAGGACCCAUGCAAAGAAACCACCAGCUUGCCCAGAAGAAGGAGCUUGCAUCGCAACAACAAGCUCAACGACAGGCCGCUCUCAGCGCAGGGGUUGGUGAGGAUGCUUCCCGACAGCCAGACCCCCGAGGCUUACACGUCCCCCCUCACCUCCCAUCGGCUUAGCAACGGGCACAGCAACGGGCACAGACCUGGGACCAGCAACGGCGGCGGGCUGCUCACGCCGUGCAACAGUGCGACAAGCUCUCGAGCUGCCAGCCCGUGCCUUUUGGAUCUCGUGGAAAUCGAGAAGAAGCUGAGGGAAGCCAAGGCGGAGAGAGAGAGGCUGCUCAGAGAGAGGGAAGAGCGACGCCGGUUGCUGCUGGAGGAGAGAAGACAAAGAGAGUUAAACUCGUCCAGAACAGAACCACCGGAACCGGAGACCCUGCAAAAGCCGGCGCCAGAUCCGGAGCCAGAACCAACGGAGCGACCAACGGCCGUUUCUUCCCCAAACUCCUCAGAAAUACAAACUCAGCAGCAGCAGCAGCAGCAGCAGCGCAGCCUUCCCCUCUUCCUCUCUGCCAACUUUGACCUGCGGGCCCAUGUGGAGUCUUUGGGUCACGGGGUGGCCGGCUGCACGGACCUGCGGCUGACACCUCGACGCUGUGCGGGCUUCUUGACCAAACGAGGGGGGAGGGUCAAGACCUGGAAGAAGAGGUGGUUUCUGUUCGACACGGACCACCGGCGACUAGCCUACUAUACAGACUGUGAUGAGAGGAAGUUAAAGGGAGUCAUCUAUUUCCAGGCCAUAGAAGAAGUUUACUACGACCAUCUACGGACAGCCACCUCGUCUCCACGGCCCAGUCUGACGUUCUGUGUGAAGACGUAUGACCGGCUUUUCUUUCUGGUGGCGACCAACGCAGUGUCCAUGCGGAUCUGGAUGGACGUUAUCGUCACAGCGACGGACGAGCACAGCCGCUAUUGACCUUAAUGCAUAUGUGACUGUGAGCUAAGUGACUGAGCAGAUACAGCAGUGAGUUAUUUUCCCUCUCUUUCUGCUGCGAGAGGGGCCGGUUCAGCCGAAGAUCCGCCCCGGGGGGCUCAUUCCGUACCUGGACUCUUGAAUGUGAAUGAACCGCGUGAGUUGCAGAGGUGCAGUGGCUCGACGUGCACGAGCACAGCGGAGGAAGCUGUUACUGACAAGAGUGAUUCACCAGCUGCAAACCAGCGGCCUGCACACUGGCCUUCUGUUACUGGGAGGCUUUUACUCUCUGAGCCCGACCUCCCUCUGCUGGUUACAGUCCAGCAUUACAGGACUGGUGUACACUACAUUACGAUACACUACAACACAGGAUGGACACAACAACAGCAGCACCUGCACAAGAUGACGUAAUCCGGUGUACCUGUCUAGCAAUAAGUAUCCUAUAGACUGUCAGAGGGGUGUUCAGGUUAAACACUGUAUUUUGGGUUGGAUUGUUUUAUAUCGUCAGGAGUUCCCACUCACAUGUCCACACCCUGAAUCUGUGUCUUCACUUAGGACAGAUGGUACAUUCAAUUGUCAAGAUUAUUUAUUAUAUUUGGAAAUUUCUAUGGGUUUGAUUUGCAAAUAAAUGAAGACAUCCACUGUUAUGAAUGCACUAUUAAAUGUUUAUUCAUAAAAAAAAAAAAAA